UGCAGAGCGUCUGGAUACGAGUCGGGAAGUUGGCUUCUGUAAAGACGUCUUGACUCUUAUUGAAUAUGAACAAGCAGAAGAUUGUGAAUACAAAAAAAUGGUCCUAUUAGCUACUUAGUUAGCUACUCUUUAUUAUAGUUCCUUAAAAACAACAAACAUCAACAACGUUUUCCUCCAACCAAAUCGACAUCAGGACAGGAUGUCAACAUUUAGCUUCAGGAGAAGUGGAAAGAAAGCCUUUAGGCACAUAGCUCACGGCUUGAUCCCUGCAGCCACCAUCGCCCCCCGGCCUGCUGUACCCCGUACCCCUCCCCCUCGCAGCCCGUACCCCUCUCCAGAAAGACCCAGGUCUGCCUUGGCAGCCGCCAUCUUGUCGUCGUCGUUGACCGGCCGGACCAUCGCCCUCCCUCCUGCACGCCCCAGAUCCUUCUCCGAGAGUGACUGCUCACGCUCAGAGACACACACCACGUUCCAGCCUUACGCCAGCACGGCGCUCUACACUCGAGACGGAGAGCCAGAAUCGUUGGCUGGCCGGCCUCGCUUGCCCUCUCCUAGGCUCUCUGAAGACCAUGAUGAUGAUGAUGAAGAGGAGGAGGAGGACUUAGAGAGAUCGGUUCUGUCAGAUGAAGAUGGUCAUGUCUACCAGUCUCUGGAUCGCCGGGGGAGAAGUCCGACCAGAGACGGAUAUGACAUCUACGCCCGGCCUGUAAAACAGAGUGAUGUUCUGUCAGAGGGCAGAGAGGAGACUGAUGACUCUGCCUUCGACAUAGUGUCCCCCUACCCCCAGGUUGGUCCCCCCCCUCUACCCCCAGGUUGCCCCCCUCUACCCCCAGAGGCCAGCAGUGCCUACAGAGAGGUUCUGGACAUGCAGAAGGAGAUGGUUCGGUCUUUAACAGAGCAGAACCAGGCCCUGGGGGCAGACAGGAGGGUGCUGGAGCAGAGGUGUACAGAACAGAGCCUGCAGCUGCAGAGGAGCCACCAGAGGGUCCAGAGUCUGGAGCGGGAACUCAGCAAGGCCCCUGUCCCUACAGCAGGUGAACAGGCAGAGCUGCUGAGUCUGAGGCAGCAAGCCCAGGAGGUGGUCGACGAGAACGACAGCCUGAAGAUGACCGUCCAUCGCCUCAACGUGAGCUCAGCCGCUACCAGACACGCUUCAGACCCUGAGCAAAGAAGAG